UAGAUGAAGAAAUGAAAGAAAUGAUCUGGGAGAGUGAACAUAACUCGGAGUGUAAAGCACAUUUUAAAGACUCCACACAUGAUUCUUUCUCUUCAUACAACUAUGAGUACACUCCUAUGCAUCCUAGGCGAUUUGAAAGACCUAUUUUUAAGUCUCUUCAUAAACACAUCUUCCACUCUGAAACAUUAAAAGCAGAGAAGAAGGCGAUGUCUAUUAACAAUACAACAUCGGCUCCAUCUGUUGAUUUCCUUAGAGCCAAACAAAAUGGCAAUGGACAUUCUUCUAUUUUUCCAACACCGUUUGUGUUCUCUCAGAAGCAAAGACCAGCAAAGACUGCCCAUGAAGAAACACGAACAUUAAGUGGAGCCACAAAUUCAGUUGCUGGAAACACAAAUCACCCUUUUGGCUCAGCUUUUGAGAAGUCCUUUCCUAUUAAGAAUGCUACAUGUUCAAACCCGUGGAAUGCAGCUAGUCGUCGGAGCCCAAAGAAGAUGCAAAGACGACAACUUAGUACAGUAGAAGAAACCGUACGGGAAGAUGAGAGAGAACUCUAUAGACAGUUACUGCAAGCAGUAACAGGAAGAAGUUUUUUCCCUACAAAGCCUGUGUCUUUUCGUCCUUUCCAAGUAUCCCGAUGCUUAAGUUCUAGCAGUGUUUCUGCUGCACCUAUCACUUCUAGUCUGAGCUCUUUAGAGCCUUCUGCUUUGGACGUGGAAACUUUACGCCAGCCUUCCUUUGGUAUAACUUCAUCAGAUCAGAAAUGCACACCCCUGUUAAAUGAUGCUACGCAUUUCAAACCUACCUGUGAAAAGAGAGACUUGAGUAGGCAUCAGCUACAUAGUCAACAGAGUCAUCCCAGCCAGGAGCAGUGUAAAGGCCCAAAUACAGACUCUGUCAUUGUAAUUGAUUCAAUUUCCAAACAUGAUGAUCAUCCCAGCACACCAUUCUUCAAGGCAGAACUCUGGAUUAAAGAACUCACCAGCCUAUAUGAUUCAAGAGCAAGAGAAAGAAGGCGACGAAUAGAAGAGCAAAAAGCAAUUGCAUUAAAACUUCAAAACCAGAGGCUGCAGGAAUGUGGUGUAAAAGACGAUAUCAAUUUGAAACUGCGUGUACCGCUUGAAAAAGAAAUCCCUGUUACAUUACUUCCAAAACCAGUAGAAGAAUCUGUCCAGGAAGAGCCAGAAUUUCCAGAGCUUAUGCAGGAAAUGGAAAAAGAAAUAAAGAGUGCUCUAUUUGGUGGAAAUAAUGAUCAAGUCCUUAGUGAAGGUUUCCGCUUGACUAUAACUCGUAAAGAUAUAAUGACGCUUCAUAACUUAAACUGGCUAAAUGACGAGAUAAUAAAUUUCUAUAUGAACCUGUUGAUGGAAAGAAGUAAACGAAAAGGUUUGCCCAAAGUCCAUGCUUUCAAUACAUUCUUUUUUCCAAAACUAAAAUCGGCUGGAUUUCAAGCUGUGAAGCGGUGGACAAAAAAGGUGGAUGUGUUCUCUGCAGAUAUUUUAUUGGUUCCAGUUCAUCUUGGAGUUCAUUGGUGCUUAGCUGUGAUAGAUUUUAGGAAAAAAACCAUAAUGUACUAUGACUCAAUGGGAGGCCAGAACAAUGAAGCAUGCAAGUUAUUACUGCAAUAUCUAAAGCUAGAGAGUCAAGACAAGAAAGGGUUCAGUUUUGACUGUAAUGGAUGGUCUCUGAGCAGUAAGAGAUGUGGGGAAAUUCCCCAGCAAAUGAAUGGAAGUGACUGUGGAAUGUUUGCCUGCAAAUAUGCAGAUUACAUUACCAAAGAUAAGCCCAUCUCCUUCACACAGCAUCACAUGCCAUAUUUUAGGAAACGAAUGGUUUGGGAAAUUCUUCACCAGAAACUUCUUUGA